UGGCUUGCUGACAUUGCCCUGUUCAGAAGGAAGACAAAGGUCUCGCUUCUUGCUGUGGGAUCGUAUGAUAAUACCGUGCGCAUUCUAUCUUUGGAUCCUGACGACUGUCUGCAGAUUCUCAGCGUGCAAAGUGUCUCUUCCGCUCCGGAGUCUCUGCUAUUCCUCGAAGUUCAGGCAUCGAUUGGUGGAGAGGAUGGUGCUGAUCACCCGGCAAAUCUCUUCCUCAAUUCUGGUCUGCAGAAUGGUGUUCUUUUCAGAACGGUGGUGGACAUGGUGACUGGUCAGCUUUCGGAUUCUCGCUCCCGGUUCUUGGGGCUGAAGCCUCCCAAGCUAUUCUCCAUUUCUGUGAGAGGCCGUUCUGCAAUGCUGUGUUUGUCUAGCCGACCUUGGCUUGGUUAUAUUCACCGGGGACACUUCCACUUGACGCCUUUGUCUUAUGAGACUUUGGAAUUUGCUGCCCCCUUUUCAUCUGAUCAGUGCGCUGAAGGUGUUGUCUCUGUCGCAGGGGAUGCUCUGAGAAUUUUCAUGAUUGAUCGUCUUGGUGAAACGUUCAACGAAACAGUGGUCCCUCUGAGGUACACGCCUAGAAAGUUUGUUCUCCAACCCAAGCGGAAGUUGUUGGUUAUUAUCGAGAGUGACCAGGGAGCAUUCACCGCAGAAGAGCGUGAAGCUGCAAGAAAGGAGUGCUUCGAGGCUGGUGGAGUGGGAGAAAAUGGUAAUGGCAAUGCAGAUCAGAUGGAGAAUGGUGCGGAUGAUGAAGAUAAGGAAGACCCGCUUUCUGAUGAGCAGUACGGUUAUCCAAAAGCAGAGUCUGAAAAGUGGGUUUCUUGCAUCAGAGUUCUUGAUCCCAAGACAGCUACGACAACUUGUCUCCUGGAACUUCAAGACAACGAAGCUGCAUACAGUGUCUGUACGGUGAAUUUCCAUGAUAAAGAGUAUGGUACAUUGUUGGCUGUUGGUACAGUCAAAGGGAUGCAGUUCUGGCCCAAAAAGAAUCUAGUGGCUGGGUUCAUACAUAUUUAUAGGUUUGUGGAGGAAGGGAAAUCUCUUGAGCUUCUUCAUAAGACGCAAGUAGAAGGUGUUCCUCUUGCUCUGUGCCAGUUCCAAGGAAGACUGCUGGCAGGGAUCGGACCUGUCCUCAGAUUGUAUGAUUUGGGGAAAAAGAGACUGCUUAGGAAAUGUGAAAACAAGCUCUUUCCAAACACCAUUAUCUCUAUCCAAACUUACCGUGACCGUAUAUACGUUGGUGACAUUCAGGAGUCUUUCCAUUACUGCAAGUACAGGCGCGACGAGAAUCAGCUAUACAUAUUUGCGGAUGACUGCGUGCCGAGGUGGCUGACAGCAUCGCACCAUGUGGAUUUCGAUACCAUGGCAGGUGCAGAUAAGUUUGGGAAUGUGUAUUUUGUGCGGUUGCCUCAGGAUCUGUCUGAGGAGAUAGAAGAAGACCCGACAGGCGGGAAGAUAAAGUGGGAGCAAGGAAAGCUGAAUGGAGCACCGAACAAAGUGGAUGAGAUAGUACAGUUCCAUGUUGGGGACGUAGUGACGUGCUUGCAGAAAGCUUCGAUGAUCCCAGGUGGAUCGGAAUCCAUAAUGUAUGGAACAGUGAUGGGUAGCAUAGGGGCAUUACAUGCUUUCACAUCGCGUGAUGAUGUGGAUUUCUUCUCUCAUCUGGAGAUGCACAUGAGGCAGGAGUAUCCUCCUCUCUGCGGGAGAGACCACAUGGCUUACAGAUCUGCAUAUUUUCCGGUCAAGGACGUGAUAGAUGGAGAUCUGUGUGAGCAGUUCCCGACACUCCCAAUGGACUUGCAGAGGAAAAUAGCAGACGAGUUGGAUCGAACACCUGCGGAGAUUCUGAAGAAGCUCGAAGACGCAAGGAAUAAGAUCAUUUAAUAAACACAAAACAAAAGAGAGUCAUUGUUUUGUUGGAGGACAAAGUAGAGUAGAGGAGAAAGAGGUUAUAAUAGUUUUUGUAAAGCUCUGUCUGUCUUCAAUGGUUUGUUUUACAAAUACUAUUGUGAGACCUGAUGAAUGAUGUCCAAAUUUACUUAUGAAUAUACAACUUUGAUAGAGUGUUUA